AUGGCAGUGCAGGCUGUGAUCCUGACAGACUCGACCUUCCCAUCGGCCUGGUCAGCUAUUUCUUGGAUCGUUUGCCCUCCCUCUUCUUUCCGACCUCGUUGGCUACCAUAGUCCGGUACACUGGACUUGCUGCGAGCCUUGCAGCCGCGUAUCCUCCGCGGUUGCCUCUCGGUCGACACCCCUUUCGCUUCUUCGCGCUUUUGCGCGCUCUCUCGCUCUCUCCCUCGUCUCUCGCGUGUAGUCAUCGUCAUCCCCUCCGACGUUGCCUGUCAUCAACCCGAGGGCCUUGACCACCGCGAACUUGCUCGCGCUGCCCACCCUGCUCGGCAGCCUCCACACCCCCAUCAGAGGGAGACAGACCAUCGACGCGGUUCAUGUACCUGACUACCUUCGUCUCCAGGGCUACCCGAAGGUGGCGGAUCUCUAUCGACUCGAGUUGUAUGCGGGUGGGGGGUUUCACCUCUGGAUGCCGCAGGCGGAUGUGCUCGGCAACAACAGCGAGUACGAUCGACGCGGGCUCCCGCAGCGACUGGCAAUCGCGGCCUGGUACCGGUUCACUGUCGAUCGACACAAGAACACCCCCUUGGCGGCGGCGGUGGCGGCGGGACGACUCAACGUGCCUCCCCGGAUCGGCACCAGCGCACCACUCGAGGCGAUCAUCCCCAAGCCCGUGGCCCGCUUCGCAAUGGAGUAG